GAAAGCCCUUGUCACGAGUUGGCAGUUGUUGUUCAUUUUUAAAACUAGCUCAGGUUUUGGGUUGCUCCUCUUUGGAGCUCCCCAAGUGCUGCUUCGCUCUAGAAAAGAGACGGCACGAUUAAUUUUGCCUCGGAUUCCACGCGCCGCGAAUCGAACAAACCGUGGAAGCUUUCCCGGAGUGAAACCAUUGGACCUUGGCGUCCUUUUUAAACUACAAAUUGCGAUCCAUCCCUUCCAACUCUGCAUGAAUUAGCUGAUGCAAGAGGAGAGCCUUUUGUUGGCUUCAUACUUUCUACCUCCCGUUCUGCUCUUGCAUUUGCAAUGGGUUGGUUGCUGAUCUGACUUUUAACGGGCACCGAAUCAUGAGUCUUCAGGCUCAGCCAAAGUCUUCAAGCAAAAGAGCUGGAAAGCGGGUUGCAUUUUUUAGUGAGCAAGAUUCUCUUCUGAAAGAAGCUCACCAGCAGCAGCAGCAGCAGCAGCUAAAAGAAGGACAUUAUUACGGCCACGGAGGGAAUGUGCCUCCCACCCAGUCCAUGGAGCUGACCAAGGCUGGGGUUUUCAGCAGUGUUCCCAGCAAUGCUGCAUUGCUGAAUUCAAUGUAUCAGGACAGAGGGGAGGUGAGGAUGACAGCCCAGCAACUGGCUGCUGCCAAGUGGCAGAGUUCCCUAAUGGCAAACCGGUUGCCUGAGCGAAGUGAGGCAAACUGGCAGCCUCAGCCCAGAGGGUGGAACCAUGGCAUAGUUUAUGGUGGCAACCAGAAAGGAGGACAUCCUAAUGCCAGCAUCCCAGAUUACUAUGGCCACCCAGAUGCCCUGAAAAGGAACAGGGAGAAAGGGGGAGUGGUAUCACAGCUGGACUUGUAUGGGGAUGCUGUCCAGCAGAUGUUAUCCCAAAAGGCCCAGUUGGAACAGCAAGCAUUGGCCAGGCAGCAGGCCCAGAUGAGCUCUUUUCAGCAAAUGCAGCAGCAGCAGCAGCAACAACAACAACAGCAGCAGCAGCAAAAUCAAAACCUCUCUUUGCAACCUUUCCAAUUGGCUUUUGGUCAGCAGGGCCAGAAGCAGGGUCUUCCUGAGUUGUUGCAUGUUCUUCAACAAGCUCCCACAUCUUCCAGCCCAGCUUUUACUGCUCAGCAGAAACAGCAGGCUCUUCCACAGUUGCAGCUGUUUGAAAACUAUUAUUCCCAACAGCAGCAGCACCAUCACCACCACCAACAGGCAGGAGUGCAGACUUUUGGCCUUCAGCCAUCGGCUUCUGUACCACAGCCACAUCUGGGAGCACCCCCUCAGCCUGUUCAGCAUCAUAUGGUUUCCCAUCAGUUCCAUCCAGUUUCUGAGAGGAACCAGGAAUUGCUGAAGGCUCUGACAGAGCAGAACCCCCAGUCAGUGCUACCACAGGCACAGAUCAAUCUCCCAAGGAGAUCACGCAGGCUCUCCAAGGAAGGUGUCCCACCAAUACCUUCUGGAGAAGGAACUCUGGUCUCCAAGGCAGCUGAGGACUACCCUGGGAACAUUGUCCCAACCCAUCCCUGGCAAUCACAGCAACACCCUGAAGUCCAGUUCCAACCUCAGUCUGAAAUGUUCAGUCACAAGGAAAGUUAUUCCCAACUAAGUAGGACAGAACUAGACCAUGGGGAUAUGCCAUCGGGGAGUCAGCCAAGCCAGCCUGACAUGGAGAUGGUGGGCAUGUAUGAGAAUGCCCAAGAAGCAGGAAAACAGGUGGCUGCCACUGAUGGCAUUGGUCCGAGAACAAAUGACUUUGGUGCGGUUAGAGGAGGAGUCAUCCAGAGCACCCGGAGGAGACGGCGUAUUUCUCAAGAGGCUAACCUCUUAACUCUGGCUCAGAAAGCUGUUGAGUUGGCUUCUCUUCAGAAUGUCAGGGAACCUGAAAUGUCAGAAGAAAAGAACAAGAGUGAAGCAACAGCAGCUGCACCAAGAAGUGUUGUAGAAUUUGCCAGCUCUUCCCCAAAGAGAGUCCGGGAGGAUAACAGCCACGUGCCUCUCAUUAUUCCCGUGUCUGUGCCAGUGAAAAAGCUGGAUCAAGACAUCACCAGGGAAAAGGGCGAAGAUGGGAAGCAGCAGCGGUUCCUACUUAAUGAUCAUGGGAUUGCAGACAGCAAGCCUUCUGUGAUUGUCACCCGGAGAAGGUCCAAUCGUAAUUUGAAUAUGGACACAUCAACUCAGCAUGAAGGCGCUGCUCCAAAAGAAGUGGAUGGUUUUGCACGGAAGCCAAAACAACGACCAAGACCGGAGCCUCUUUUCAUACCCCCCAAAGCUGGCACCUUCAUUGCUCCACCAGUCUAUUCCAAUAUCACACCAUAUCAGAGCCACUUGCGUUCACCUGUCCGUCUGGCUGAUCACCCUUCUGACAGGAACUUUGAGCUACCUCCUUAUACUCCCCCGCCCAUUCUCAGCCCAGUACGAGAGGGCUCAGGACUAUAUUUCCAUGCUUUCCUUUCUGCUACUGGUAGUGUAGUUCCACCUCCAAUGACUCCAAAAGCUGCACACAGGACCCUACUCAGAUCUAACAGUACAGAAGCCACCCCUCCUGUCCUCUCAGUAAUGGGAGAGUGCACUCCUGUCAGCAUUGAACCGCGGAUCAAUGUGGGGCCUCGUUUUCAAGCAGAAGUCCCAUUGCUUCGAGAUCGAUCUCUGGCAGCCUCUGAUGUGGCCAAGGAGCAGUUGGUGUGGCAGCCCUGGGAGGAACUGGAAAAUAAUUUGGCAAUCCAGGAGAAUGUGGACAACCUGGUAACAGCUGCAUGUUCAAGUAUAUUUCCUGGCGGUGGUACCAAUCAAGAGCUGGCAUUUCACUGCUUACAUGAAGCAAAAGGAGACAUUGUGGCUACUUUGACCAAAAUGCUGCUGAAGAAAUCAGUGCAUUCACCGAGCCACCCGCUGGCAGAUUACCACUACACUGGGUCAGACAGCUGGAGUGUGGCUGAGAAGAAACACUUCAAUAAGGGAAUUGCUAUUUAUAAGAAAGACUUCUUCCUUGUCCAGAAACUUAUAAAAACCAAGACUGUGGCUCAGUGUGUGGAAUUCUACUAUACUUACAAAAAACAAGUCAAAAUAGGCCGGAAUGGGACUCUCAUCUUUGGGGAUGUUGACACUACUACUGAAAGAGCUGUUAAAGAUGAAGCUGAAGUAGAUAUAAAGAGUUCCCAUAGGCUUACACGUACUCUUCCUCCCAGAACAUAUAACGAAGACUAUGAAAACACUGAAGAUGAGGAUCUUGAAGAAGUUGAGGAAGACAUGUCAAUUAAAGAGGAAGCAGUGGAAGGGGACGAGUUGUAUGGCAAAAACAGCAAUUUGGCGCCUUCCAAAUCAACUCCUCUUCGAGAGGUUGAGGAACAAGCUAGUAAUCUCCAUAUGGAAAAACAUCUGGAAUCUGGUGCCCCAGGAAGAACAGAAGUCAGAGGCAGAACUUCAAGAAGGACAAAGGAAGCACCCAUUAAAUAUCGGAAGACUUCGCCACCAGUGCAAAAGAGAAGGAGAAAACCGAAACCCAAACAAGACACGGCCAACAAAACCCAGAAUCAAGAGGAGGAAUUUCCAUGUAAAAAAUGUGGCAGAAUCUUCUACAAGGUGAAAAGUCGGAGCGCUCACAUGAAAAGCCAUGCUGAGCAGGAGAAAAAGGCCGCAGCUCUGAAACUGCGAGAGAAGGAGGAGGCGGCAGCGGCAGCCGCUGCCGCUGCAGCAGCUGCAGCAGCAUCAGCACACAGUAGGGCUCAGCAGGAAGAAAGUGGGAGCAGUCAUGGGAGCAGCAGCAGCAGCAGCUCGGAUGAAGAUGGCGAUGUUUAGCCCAGGACCUGCAGAGGUUGAGAGCCUGGUCCUGACUGCUCCAGCCUUGCUUCUACUUCCUUUCCUUCUUGCUUGAACCGUACUGGUAGAUUUUUAAAGGAAAAAAAAAAAUAGCGACCACAAAAAUCUCUAUUUUUUAAAAAAACAACAACCAACCAAACAUUUUAUGGAUUGUUUUAUUUAUAAAUAACUUUCCGUAUCUACUUACUGAGUGGAAGUCUGUUUUCCUUCAGCUCCUGAAAUUGCCAGGAAUCAUGGCAUAAGCCUUAAGUAUCUUACCCAUUGCUGAGAGAGAAAUGUGUCGAAUCCUCUGAAUUAUUGAAUUACUUUGUGUGUAAAUUCAAGGAUCCAUAUAGCGUUCUUCAUACACUUCUUUCUUUCAACUCCCAAGUUUGCUUUGUGGCUUGGAGUUAUUCACGUUUUCUUUUGUCUCCUUCAUACAAGAGUUUUUGUUUCUCCAGCUGGUAGAUAAUCCAGAGUCUGUGAGUAACCUCUCUAGGGUGAGUGAAGAGACUAUUGCUUUUAAGAUAUGGCUCUUUAAGAGUGGACAUAUUAUAGUUAGUAUUUGUUUGGAACGACCCCUAUUAUGUUGAGUUUUUUAAAAGUCACAUAAAGUUGUUCAUGUAUGUCUCCAGAGUUGGCCAAAAGAAUUAGUGAUGAGUUCUGGAUACUGCGCCUCCAUAGUUCUGUGAUAGAACAAACAACUUUGCUUGCAGAAGAAUCCAUACAUGAUUUUGGGUUAAUGAGAUUGAGGUAGAUUUCUGCCCAAAUUAUUAAAGAGCCACAGUUAGGAGAAGAUGAUGGCUUUUAUCCAUGGCAUUAUUCUGCCGGGGGAUAGCAUUCAUUCAUCAGAGUCCAUUUGCAAUAACCAUUCUUAUUCCAAACCUGAGCAUGUAAGUUGAAGAAUCCUCCCGAGCAGAUUUGAGGGGGAGGGCAGGAAAACAACUGGAAGUCCAGUAUGAGUGAAAACAGCUGGCAUACAGUUUGAUACUGUAGCCCAGUGGAUUAGAUAACUAGUAGUCCAUCAUGAAAGUGCAUUGUUCUUUACCUGAAUAGACUUGAGUGUAAUUUUGCUUACCGGUAAUUGUCCAUUUGAAUGCUUCAACUGGUCUACAAAGGAAUAGCUGCCAAUUUUUUUUAACAGUUAUGAUAUUUAUUCUCCCCGCCCUUUUUUUUUUAUAAAAAUGCAUGGUUUUUAAAGGCAGACUGAAUAUUCUCAAGAUAAUAGGAGUAAGGAUCAUGUUGCAUUGAUUUAUAUGUAUUUGUACCCUCAGGACUACCUCUUCUGCUGAGGUAUUUGCCAAAUAAAUGACAGUUUCAUUUAGAUGUUCUGUACUGUACCGGGAUCCAGAUAUCUAAAGUCAAGAUACCUAAGUCAAAUGUGUGGAAAAAAAACCAAAAGUAUUUAGAAAUGGUGCACCAAGCCAAAUUUACCUAAGACUUUGUGCUUCUGCACUAAGCAGCAAGUAUUUGCAAUUAUCUUAAGACACUUGGGCUCUACACAUUGCAAAAGUAAAGAACAAUUCUCUGUCUGUCUGGCAGUACAAGGAAAAGGACGGUGCAGCAGACAGAAAAAGAAUGCUUAGCAGAUAAAAAGAACGCUUAGCAGGGGCACCUACUUGCUUAUCACUGCUUGCUUAUAACUUUCAAAUUCUCUUGUCUGCAGAAAAUACAGUGUUUAUUCAGCUCUAAAUGGUAAAUCCCUGAAAAAUAAGUCUUCUAAAGCCACAAGGGUCAUGAAAGCAAAGAACUGCAUUCAUAAUCUACAGAAGAACCUUUAUUGAAUAAAUCAUGCUGGGAUUGCUCUCCAGCAGGGUUUUUUUUUUCUAGAACCAGUUCAAGACUCAAGUUUUUAGAAGUUUACUUAGAAAUUUAUUGAAAAGCUAGAAGUUUAAAAUUUGAUUCCCAGCCAUAGAACAAGAUUGAAAGUCUUUUGGAGAAAGGCCAAAUCAGAGCGAUUGCAGCAAGCCAUGGUUGAGUUGCCCAGACAACUAGAUAGUAAUUAAUCCUACCAGCUGCUGGAUGUAUUCUGCCUGCUGAGUUACAUGAUCAGCGGAAUUUUUUAUGGAGCAACUUUUACUAUAUAAGUUUACUAGUACAGCUACAAGAGUACAUAUUUCAAAUACCUCUAUUCAUAGCACAAAACGAAACCACUAUCGGAACAUGCAAAGAAUUUGCAUUCUGAAUGUUGAAAAUAAGUUUUAGUCUUCUUUCCUAAUAUGCUAAGCCAGUGGUUCUCAACCUUUUUAAUGCCGUGACCCCCCAACCGGUCGUAAGUCGAGGACUACUCAACUGGUGCAGCACCGUUUGCAGAAUGGGACUUUUGGCGGGCUCAGCAGGGCAGAG